GAUGCGCUUGUCAAGCAGUUUGUUGAGUGCACCAAAGCGGACGUAACCAUCAACAACCUGAUGUCUCGUGCAAGGAGUGUGAAAGCACCGACCGCGAAGAAGGAGAAGGACUCCCCGGGGCAGGCCCUGACCACCGAGGCGGCGAUAGAUGAGCAAGACUUCGUCGGCCCCGACGACUCGGACACUGAGGCGGAGGAUGCCGGCGACGAGGCGCAGGGCAAGUCGGAUAUUUUGAUCCCGGCGUUGCCCCAUUGCAGUCAGCAG